AUGGCGGCCGGCACGCGCCCGGCGGCCGGCCCUCGGUCUCGCGCGGCCAUGGCCCAGUGGAGGAAGAAGAAGGGGCUCCGGAGGCGCCGGGGCGCGGCCGCCCAGGCGCGCAGCAGCGACUCGGAGGACGGCGAGUUCGAGGUCCAGGCGGAGGACGACGUGCGGGCCCGAAGGUGCCCGGGUCCUGGCAGACCCUUGCCCGCCUUCCCCGCCUCAGAAUGCAUGUCGGACGUGGAGCCGGACACGCGGGAGGGGAUGGAGGCCCAGAACAAGAAGAAGAAGAAGUCGGGCGGCUUCCAGUCCAUGGGCUUGAGCUAUCCAGUAUUCAAAGGCAUCAUGAAGAAGGGCUACAAGGUGCCCACGCCCAUCCAGAGGAAGACCAUCCCGGUGAUCCUGGACGGCAAGGACGUGGUGGCCAUGGCCCGCACGGGCAGCGGCAAGAGCUGCUUCCUCAUCCCCAUGUUUGAGCGGCUCAAGACCCGCAGCGCCCAGACCGGGGCCCGCGCUCUUGCUUCUCCCACCCGGGAGCUGGCCCUGCAGAUGAAGUUCACCAAGGAGCUGGGCAAGUUCACCGGCCUCAAGACUGCCCUGAUCCUGGGCGGGGACAAAAUGGAAGACCAGUUUGCGGCCCUGCACGAAAAUCCCGACAUAAUCAUUGCCACGCCUGGGCGCUUGGUGCAUGUGGCUGUGGAGAUGAACCUGAAGCUGCAGAGCGUGGAGUACGUGGUGUUCGAUGAGGCCGACAGGCUCUUUGAAAUGGGGUUCGCAGAGCAACUGCAGGAAAUCAUCGCGCGCCUCCCGGGGGGCCACCAGACAGUCCUGUUCUCCGCCACUCUGCCCAAACUGCUGGUGGAGUUUGCCCGGGCAGGCCUCACAGAACCUGUGCUCAUCCGACUAGAUGUGGAUGCCAAACUCAACGAGCAGCUCAAGACCUCCUUCUUCCUUGUGCGUGAGGACACCAAGGCUGCCGUGCUGCUUCACCUGCUGCGCAAUGUGGUGCGGCCGCAGGACCAGACAGUGGUGUUUGUGGCCACAAAGCACCAUGCCGAGUACCUCAGUGAGCUGCUGACAACCCAGCGGGUGAGCUGCGCCCACAUCUACAGCGCCCUGGACCAGACGGCCCGCAAGAUCAACCUGGCCAAGUUCACACAUGGCAAGUGCUCUGCCCUCAUCGUGACCGACCUGGCAGCCCGGGGCCUGGACAUCCCGCUGCUAGACAACGUCAUCAACUACAGCUUCCCCGCCAAGGGCAAGCUUUUUCUGCACCGCGUGGGCCGUGUGGCCCGGGCUGGUCGAAGUGGCACAGCCUACUCCUUGGUGGCCCCCGACGAGGUUCCCUACCUGCUGGACCUGCACCUGUUCCUGGGCCGUGCCCUCACCCUUGCCCGCCCCACGAGGAGCCCUCAGGGCGCACCGGGCGGGGACGGAGUGCUGGGCCGCGUGCCGCAGGGCGUGGUGGACGACGAGGACUGCGGCCUGCGGACCACGCUGGAGAACUCGCUGGAGCUGCGAGGCCUGGGCCGCGUGGCCGACAACGCCCAGCAGCAGUACGUGCGCUCUCGGCCGGCGCCCUCACCCGAGUCCAUCAAGAGGGCCAAGGAGCUGGACCUGGCAGAGCUGGGCCUGCACCCCCUCUUCAGCUCACGCUUCGAGGAGAAGGAGCUGCAGCGGCUGAGGCUGGUAGACAGCAUCAAGAACUACCGCUCGCGGGCGACCAUCUUUGAGAUCAACGCCUCCAGCCGGGACCUGAGCAGCCAGGUGAUGCGAGCCAAGCGGCAGAAGGACCGAAAGGCCAUCGCCAGCUUCCAGCAGGGGCGGCAGGACCGGCAGGAGGGCCUGACCAGCCGAGCCCUGAGCUGCCCGGCCCCGCGGGAGACGCAGCCCGAGCAGGAGGAGGAGGAGGCGGCUGUGAGGGAGAGUGUGGAGGACAUCUUCACAGAGGUCGUGGGCCGCAAGCGGCAACAGCCAGGACUUGAGCGGGAUGCCAAGAGGCGGAGGGAAGGGGCCCGCCAGCGGGACCAGGAAUUCUACGUCCCCUACCGGCCCAAGGACUUCGACAGCGAGCGGGGCCUGAGCGUCGGUGGGGACGGGGGUGCCUUUGAGCAGCAGGUGGCGGGCGCGGUCCUGGACCUGAUGGGGGACGAAGGCCAGAACCUGACCAGGACGCGGCAGCAGCUCAAGUGGGACCGGAAGAAGAAGCGGUUUGUGGGGCAGUCGGGACAGGAGGACAAGAAGAAGAUCAAGACCGAGAGUGGCCGCUACAUCAGCAGCUCCUACAAGCGGGACCUCUACCAGAAGUGGAAGCAGAAACAGAAAAUUGACGAUCGCGACUCGGAGGACGAGGGGCCGGCUCACCAGCGGGGCCCCGCCCGGAGAGGUGGGAGGUGGGGCCGAGGCCCAGGUGCAGCCCAGUCCCGCAGUCCGGCCGCCCCCUCUGGCCACGUGCGCUCCGAGCUGAAGACCAAGCAGCAAAUCCUGAAGCAGCGGCGGCGGGCCCAGAAGAUGCGCUUCCUGCAGCGCGGAGGCCUCAAGCAGCUCUCUGUCCGCAACCGCCGCCGGGUCCAGGAGCUGCAGCGGGGGGCCUUCGGCCGGGGGGCCCACUCCAAGAAGGGCAAGAUGAGGAAGAAGAUGUGAGGAGGGACCCAGCCUCGACUCCCGUGUGGCCAAGCGUCCCUGCCUGGCCUGUGCUGAUCCGGGAGCUCCCUGUGGGAGCUGCAGCCAUGGAAAGUGACGCUGUGUGGCCCAGGAAGGCGGUGGCUGCCUCCGCCCAAGACACUGCGCAGGGUCAUGCAGUUGUCAGAAGCUACCAGCAAGGCCUGCGGGCCAAGGCAGGGCGGGAACUCGGCGCUGUUUCCGGGUUCAGAGGUCACGGUCACCACUCUAAACCUGGGUGCCUCGGCUCCGUGAUGUAUUUAUAAUGUAAUAAACCUUUAUUGAGCACAUCUCAUGGGCCAGGAGCACGGUCCGCUCAGGCGUCCAAAGGGCCAGACCAGGUCGGGGCCUGUGAGUGAGUCUGGUAUGACCCCACCCCGGCCCCGAGGGUGGGCUCUGCUGCUGUCUCCAUUUCACAGAUGAGGAAAAUGAGGCCCACGGGACAGGUCACCAACCUGAGGUGACAAGUCAGAAGCUGGUGGUCAGUUCCCCUGCCUCCUGCUAGGACCACUGGCGACUGGAGAGGACUGAGGGCUGGGGGACCGGACUGAGAGGGGUUAGCUCUGCCGCACUGCACACCAGAGGUCAGCCUGUCCGUGCUCCCCGCCCCUACUUGGGAGGCCAAGGGCAAGCCCCAGUAGUGAGUUUGAACUGUGGGGUCCACAUACACGGUUUAUUUGGUACCUUGGGGUCUGCAUUCACAGAUUUGACUGACCUUGGAUGUCGGUUGGUUGAGUCUGAGGACUUGGACCUGUGGAUACUUAAAUCCUGCCUGGCCUUUGGAUACCCGGGGGUCAGAUCCCAGACCCCAGUGUUGUUCAAGGGCCCACUGUCCUCUCCUGUGCCUCGUGUAUCCCCAUCGCAGUCCAGGUGGGGAACCGCGUGUGGGGAGAGCCACGCAACCCUCACCCCAAAGGAGAUGUGGCCACUGUCUUCCAGGGGCAGAGCCCUCAAGGGCCCCCCACUAACCAACUGCUCACCUGCGCAGUGCUAGGAGCUGGAGGUGGCGGGCUCGGCCUGACCAAGGCUGGCCAGCAUGGAGGUGAGGUCCAGGAUGAACAGCUUCACCUGGGGAGUUACCGACACGGCCAAAGUCACAGCCAGGCCCUGAGCCUGCUCAGCUCCCCACCCCCCAACACCAGGGAGAGGGGGCUGCCAAGCAGUGGUGGGGGGUAGAGACCCCAUAAAAGGGGUCCCAGGGACAGUGAACCCAGCCUACACCGUUCUGGGUUCUCAAAGCCUCAGUCCGACCCUCCCCAAUUCAGUAGCAGAUCACCAUCACCUGUAUAAUUAAAUUAGCAUUUUUCAUUUACACCAUUUUUUUCCCUUUUAAUUGGAUCAGUCAUACUUGAUGGACGACCUGCUGCCAUCUUCGCCACGGGAAGCCCGCCUUUAUUUUGUCUUAAUUAGCUUAUUGACAUGCGCUCCGUGAGCACCCAUCGGCCCACUGCGGAGGCUGGAACUUGGCGAGCUUUACCUGUGGGCUUUCCUUCCACGUUCGUCACUGAACUACAAUCUGAGAGGGAAACUCCCCACUGAAAAUAGAAGAAAAUAGCUCGUAUAGGGGAUCCCUGGAAAAAUAAGUGCCCUGAAAAUGAACUGAAUUCUGACCAGCGCUCUGCCUGCAGGGAGUGAGUCCUUGGUGGCCCUGCAGUGCAGAAUGAAAGGCCCCCACAACCCGGCCCUCCAGAGGGGGGCCUCAGCCUGUGCACGGUUGGAGGUGAGAGUCAGGGACUCAUUAAAAGUGAUCCUGCACCUCCUGAUUUUGCUCUGAUAUUGCGGUUGGUUAGUGCUGUGGACCUUGGUAGAAAGGCUGGCACCACUAUACAGAGCCCGUCGUCCUGACCACACAGCAGACAGGCUCCAGACGAGCCAGGACCACCAGGCAGGAGGGCCCCGCGGCCAUGCAGCCCGUUCCCGGGCUCUGACCUCAGAAGAUCGUGCCUACUCCAGAGAAGGUGGGAUCUCAGGCACCAUGAUGUUCCAGAAGGUUCGGGGGCUGGA